ACAAUCAACGUCCCCCAAGACACAUUCCGCAGCCAGACACACAUGUCACGUGACGGGGAGGUCAAUGAUCCUGACAAGAAAAAUGGCGGAAUUUGAGGAGCUACGGAUGCUUAACGGUCACAUAGAAUAAGGAUUUGUAAGAAACAAGGAAAUACACACGUAGGAGCGAUCAAGCAUGGACCGUAUAAUGAAGGAGCAUGGUGUCAAGUUUCAGAGUGUCAGAGCUACAAGUGUUACUGGGCUUCGCUGGGCGUAACAAGAGUGGUCCCAAGCAUGAGCUCCUUCUGAGGGUCUUGCACCUCCUGAAAAACUCCUCCUGCAGUCCAGCCGUCCAGAUCAAAAUCAAAGAACUUUAUCGACGCCGCUAUCCCAGGACGAUAGACACUUGUCUUACCGACUUGGCUGCAAUUAAGUCUGCGUUCUCCACGGCAGCGGAAGGCGGUGAUGUUACCGUGGUAACCUCUGACCUCAGUGACCUGUCCCCUGACGGCGCCAGUGUCUCCCGGGACUUUGACCUGGCGUCCGAUUCGCUGCUCCUCUCUGGUGAAUCGCUGCUGCUCCACGAGGAGACCAAUAAGGAGCUGAGGAUGAACCUCCAGCAGCCCGCCCCUCUCAUCCCUCCAGUCCACCCAGACGUCCAGAUGAAGUCUCUGCCAUUCUACGACGUGUUGGACAUCCUCGUUAAACCCUCCAGCCUGGGUCAGUGUCUCUCUGGAACCAGCACUGUUCAGAGAUACCACCAAGAGAAAUACUUCAUCUUCGCCUUGACGCCUCAACAAGUCAGAGAGGUGUGCAUUUCAAGGGACUUCCUACCAGGUGGCAGAAGGGACUACAUGGUUCAGAUACAACUGAGGUUUUGUCUGUCAGAAACAAGUUGUCCCCAAGAAGACAACUACCCCAACAGUCUCUGUAUUAAAGUGAAUGGGAAGCUCUUCCCUUUGCCGGGUUAUGCCCCGCCCCCUAAAAAUGGAGUGGAACAGAAGAGACCGGGAAGACCUCUAAAUAUCACCUCAUUGGUCAGAUUGUCCUCUGCCGUACCCAAUCAGAUCUCUGUAACGUGGGCAGCCGAAAUUGGAAAGACGUACUCCAUGUCGGUGUACCUGGUGAGACAGGUCACCUCGCCUCUACUGCUGCAGAGGCUCAGGAUGAAGGGCAUCAGAAACCCAGACCACUCCAGAGCGCUGAUAAAAGAGAAGCUGACAGCAGACCCUGAUAGUGAGAUUGCCACAACCAGCCUGAGGGUGUCCCUCAUGUGCCCCCUUGGUAAAAUGCGUCUGACUGUGCCGUGUCGAGCUGUCACCUGUUCCCACCUGCAGUGUUUUGACGCAGCCCUCUACCUGCAGAUGAAUGAGAAGAAACCCACCUGGGUCUGUCCUGUCUGUGACAAGAAGGCCCCCUACGAGAGCCUCAUCAUCGACGGGUUGUUCAUGGAGAUUCUGAACGACUGUUCCGAUGUGGAUGAGAUCAAGUUCCAGGAGGACGGGACCUGGUGCCCCAUCAGACCAAGGAAAGAGGCCCUCAGUGUGUCCUCAACCUGUAUCCCCAAAAUAGAACCGCGUCUAUGUGCCGUGGUCCCCUCCCACAGCGAGCUCAGCUCAACCAAUAAGAAGGCAGACGUGAUCGACCUGACCCUGGAGAGCUCAUCAGAGGAGGAGGAGGAGGAAGAGGAGCCUGAUCCGCCACUGAAGAAGAGAUGCCUCUACAUGUCCAAGACAGAGGAGGUUCACGCCAAGGGAGUGUUGACGUAUCAGCCAUCCACGGGGCGCCUCCCAAAUGUACAGGCCCUGGACACGCCAUACCUGAUGUCUUCACUAGCAGACUAUACAGUCCCCUUCCACCACUCCACCCUGUCCACCAUCCCUACAGACAUGCAGAGUCUGGAUCUGUUCUCGCUGAUCCAAGGUGACCCGCAGCAUUACAGAGCUCCCAUGUUCCUGGAUAACUUGACCAGCAGCCUGCAGGGUGCCACCACUAGCGCCGGCCUGGUGUCCUCUUCUAGCCAAUACGACACCAGUUCCCACCACACCACUGCCUCUUCAUCCUCCCAUGAGACUGGGGUUAUCACUGGGGGAGGAGGAGGGUCCAACAUCAUCUCAGACAUCAUCUCAUUGGACUGAUCUUCUGGUCCCUGAGAGCUCAUUGGACUAAGCUUCUGGUCCCCGAGAGCUCAUUGGACUAAGCCUCUGGUCCCUGAGAGCUCAUUGGACUGAUCUUCUGGUCCCUGAGAGCUCAUUGGACUAAGCUUCUGGUCCCUGAGAGCUCAUUGGACUAAGCCUCUGGUCCCUGAGAGCUCAUUGGACUAAGCCUCCUAUUCGACACAAGCCUCCGAGGACUGAGGUAGUGCACUAUAUAGGGAAUAUCGUGCCAUUUUGGACCUGGACGAUGUCCACAGGCCACCAUGGGACAGGGAGAUCCCAGAGCUAGGCUAACUUGUCUCCUUUCCUUUGUCUGUCUGCCAGUGAAGUUAGGACACAUUUGCUUUUUUCCCCCUACUGUGCCCGUGCUGAUUGAAGGAAAGGAAAACUAGGAGAGGAAGCCAUUUUUAGAUAGUUGAGACUGUUGGACCCGUAGUCUUUUCCCAAUUGGAUUUGCUCAGCUCCUACGUCCUCUCCCGCCUCCUUUUGAAAAAGGUCAAAGGUGAUUGGAGGAGAGGCGGCGAGGAGAGUGAAUGUGGGUGAAAAUGUCCUGAAAUGACGUCUACAGGUUGGAUCCCAAAACGUGGUGAUAAAAACAAAUGAAGAUAGUUGUGGAAGACAUUAUUAUUUUUAUUUUUAGCUACAACGAUAGAUUUUAAACAUGUUCAUGCCUUUUUCUCCGACGACAAAACGAAAGCUUGAUUUAAAGAGUGGAGGGGGGGGGAGGGGGGGGGGCAGGUUUCAGUAGUCUUCCAUGAAGGACUCCGGAAGGAUACACAUGACCUUCCUCGAGGUAAAGGUGACUAUCAAGGAGAGGAGGGAAACUCUUCCGUUCAGCUACUAACGAAUUGACAUAGCCUUGACCACUCAUCGGUUUCCGGGUCACAGAGGAGAGAGGACGGACCCCCCCCCCCCCCCCCCCCCCCCCAAAUAGUCAAAAGCCUAUUUUGACUGAGUUGGCCUCACCCCACACAUUCUGACCUGUGGAAGAGAAGGGGAUUUUACCAGUCUGUUCUUCACAUUUGUUUUUAAUUGGAUGAGAUGACAUGGAAGCAUUCCGCAGGAAGUGGGACAAUGGGGGGCGGGGUUUGUUUCCCCCUUCAGUCACAGCAAUAAUACUGAGUUUUCCAGAUCUACUGACUCUGUACACGGUUGAAAGUGUAUCUAAAACAUGGAACCAUUAGAAAUGAGAUAUUUGUGUGUGUGGAUCCAUGAAUUGGAGGUACCAUUUAGUUUUUUGUACAAAUUAUCAAAAGUGAUACAAACUAGAGCGUUGAGUGUUUAUAAAAAUGCCAUCUUUCUCAGCAUUUUGGAAAUCUGUUUUUGUAUUUAGUUGGACCUUGUUGUGUAUGUACCAUCUAAUUAGGAUCCCCUUUUGUUCCGUGUGUAAACAUGUAUAUGAGUUAAUGUCCCCAAAUGGUUUCCGUCCCACGAGUCUCGGCUUUUGAACAUUUGAAGGUUAAGCAGGAUGUUUUCACAGAACCAAAUGUAAUGCGAAGUUGUCAAUUGAGCCUUUGUCGAACGUAGCAAAAAAAAGCAAUCAGGGCCUGAAAUAGUGUAUUUUAUUUAAUGUACAAAACUCUAGAUAAAUUAGCUAAGGCAAUUAGUGCUGCAGUUUUUAAAGUGUAGAAUGAUAUGUUGGCCCUCAACCUUGUAUGAGUUGCUUAGGGAAAGGGGACCUACCCACUAAAAUGUUAGGAAUUACAUUAAGUUAGGUUAAUGUUUUAAAAUGGAACCUGAAGUAUUUUCCAAACUUAAAUUUAAGGGAAUAGAUAUUUAAUAUUUUAUUGUAGUUAAAGGAUGCUCCUCUUGUUUCACUGUGGGUAAAGGCUGCUCUGCUUGUUUCGCUGUGGGUAAAGGAUGCUCCUAUUGUUUCGCUAUGGGUAAAGGAUGCUCCUAUUGUUUCGCUUUGGGUAAAGGAUGCUCCGCUUGUUUCGCUGUGGGUAAAGGAUGCUCCUCUUGUUUCGCUGUGGGUAAAGGAUGCUCCUCUUGUUUCACUGUGGGUAAAGGAUGCUCCUAUUGUUUCGCUGUGGGUAAAGGAUGCUCCUCUUGUUUCGCUUUGGGUAAAGGAUGCUCCGCUUGUUUCGCUGUGGGUAAAGGAUGCUCCUCUUGUUUCGCUGUGGGUAAAGGAUGCUCCUCUUGUUUCGCUGUGGGUAAAGGAUGCUCCUCUUGUUUCGCUGUGGGUAAAGGAUGCUCUUGUUUCGCCGUGCCAUCGUGAUGCAAACAAACAAACAAACAAACAACAAGGUGCUCAUUUUUUAUUUGCUGUCAGGAUCUCAGACUUAAAACAAUAAAGCAGCAUUUUUUUAAAAUACCUGUAUUAGUCAACUUUCCCCCCUCA